GCUAAAACCCAAAAUCUCAGCGGCCGUAAAACUCUAACCCCAAACCUCUCUGCUCUCAAAAUCGCCGAUUCUUCAUCAUCCUCCUGUUCAAAGAGUUUUAGAUUUUCCGGGAAAAUCCGAUGGGGAAGAAGAGGAAGCACGGCGAGACCGAGGUUGCGGCGGCACCGGUGAAGAAGGACGACGCAGCUCCUGAGAGACCGCAGAGGACGCUUGUGGGUUGGAAGGACAAGAACAACAAUGAAGCCCGAGAGAGUGCAUCGGCCGUGGGUUUUAGGAACAAGGAGAAGGUUUUGGUCACUUGUUCCCGUCGAAUUAAUUUCAGAUAUCGGCAUUUAAUGUUGAAUGUGGUGUCGCUUUUGCCUCACUGUAAGAAGGAUAACAAGGUGGAGUCUAAGGAAACCAAGGGCGCCACUCUAAAUGAGCUUGUUGAGCUUAAGAGUUGUUCUUCCUGUUUGUUUUUUGAGUGCAGGAAACGAAAAGAUCUUUACUUAUGGAUGGCUAAGUGUCCCAAUGGGCCCUCUGUGAAGUUUUUAGUUAAUGCUGUGCACACUAUGGAGGAAUUGAAACUUACUGGGAAUCAUUUACAAGGAUCACGGCCCCUUUUAACAUUUUCAUCCAAUUUUGAUCACAAUGCUCAUUGGAAACUUUUGAAGGAGAUGAUUACACAGAUAUUUGGAGUUCCAAAGGAGCACAGGAAAUCUAAACCGCACCAUGAUCAUGUGUUUGUUUUCUCCAUUGUUGAUGACCACAUUUGGUUCCGGAAUUAUCAGAUAUCUGUUCCUCAUAUUGAAUCAGACAAAAUAGCUCGUGGGGGCUUGGAUAACAUGACCCUUAUUGAGGUUGGGCCUCGGUUUUGUUUGAAUCCGAUCAAGAUAUUUGGUGGCAGCUUUGGAGGCCCUACGCUGUAUGAGAAUCCAUUUUACAUAUCACCAAACCAGAUUCGGGCAUUAGAGAAAAGGAAGAAGGCUGGAAAGUUUGCUAAGAAAGUCAAAGCAAAGACAAGAAGAAAGAUGCAUGAGCAAUCAAAUCCACUGGAGCCUGAUGAGUUUGCCGAAAUGUGGAAGGAAUGAUCUUUCCCAAUUCUCUUCCGUCUUCCGUAGAAAGAGACAAUCAGACUGGAAAUCAUGUUAUAUUCUGCUGGAAGUGGCAGGUUUUGGUUUUUACUGCCAUAUCGUAUUUUCACUAUUAAAAUUUGUCUCCUGCUCGAUUAUAUGAUAUAUAUUCAAGUUUGGAUUUAUUGUAACAUAUUAUUACCUUCCCUAAGUUCUCACAAUUUUUUUUUUGGAUAAUCAUUAAGGGCUUCUAGUUGGUUGAUUAUCGUUAUGUCAUGAAAAUGUAGUAAGGUAUUUAAUUUCGUUUUAAA